UAUAUUUAUACGCAAUGUGCUUCAAUAUCUCAUUAGUAUUCCGAACGUUGCCAAACAUGGACUACAAGGUUGGACUUCUGGUGUAUAUCACCCUUCUGAUUGGAAGCUUUGCCUUGCCAACGCCCGAAGAUGACUUGUCCAGGUUCUUCGACCACACCGAUGACGCCAACGCUCGUAUCAUUGGAGGUACUGAAGUGGCAGCUGGCAGACACCCUCACAUGGCGGCUCUGUUCGCAGGAAUACAUGGGAAGAUCUUCAUCUGCGGGGGAUCACUGGUCACAAAACGCACUGUUCUCACUGCUGCAAUUUGUGUUAAUGUUAUCUACUCCAACUCAAUCAUUCCGUCUGCGCGGGUGGCUGUCGGCUCAAACCGCUGGGACAGAGGUACCGAGUACACUUUACUUCGGAACGUAUCUCAUCCUGACUUCGAAAUAUAUAAACGCAAGAAUGACAUCAGUGUCCUCAUCACCUCCACCGACGUGGUGCUCAGCAGCCUGGUGCAGCCGGUGGCCCUCACUUAUGACUUCGUUGGUGGAGGAGUGCCGGCUAUAGUUGCUGGAUGGGGUUCUACUACCGAUGACAUUGGCGGUGCUUUACUUCGUGCCGACAACGGCCAGCAGUUCGGUAUCGUGUCCUGGGGCUUCCCAUGCGCUUUCGGUUACCCCGAUGUGUACGUCAGGAUCAGCGCUUACGAGAGCUGGUUGAAAUCCGUGAUUGUUUAAAAACCUUAAUGACACCAUUUUAGUGA